UUGAGGUGGUUUGACUCUUCUUCUGCAAUGUCAUCCAAGCAGAGCUACAAGCGGGUUGAUACUUUGGAGAUCAAGGCUCUACUUACUAAAAGGAUUGGGCAUCAUAGAGCUGACAAGUACUUUGACCAGCUCACAAGAUUGAUUAGUUUGAAGACCACCAAAUCGGAGUUCGAUAAAUCUUGUGCUAGGAUCGUCGGCAGAGAAAAUAUCCCCCUCCACAACCAGCUCAUUAGAUCGAUUAUCAAGAAUGCUAGCCUCGGAAAGGUUCCUCCGCCACUUGGAAGUAUAAAAAGAGUACCCACAACCCCAAAUGCUAAAGUCUUGGAUAGAAGUAGCCUCCAGUCGCUCUAUGGGGAAGCAGCGUUUUCUCCAUCCACACGAAAGGGCAGGUCCCCUAUUAACCGCAAGUUUAAGGACCGUCCUAGUCCGCUUGGGCCACUUAGCAGCAAGCCCCAGAAUGUGCUAUUAAGUGAUGAGUUGAUUUCUAGGGCACAGGAACAACAACAAAGUGCUACAGAGUUGCUUUCUCUUGGUAGUAGGCCGCCACCUGUGGACGUUGCAUCAGUGGAAGAAGGGGAAGAGGUUGAACAAUUUGCUGGAAGUCCCGGUGUUCAGAGUAGAUGUCCUGUUACUGCUCCUUUUGGAAUAUCGAUGAAUUUGGGUCGUAAAGCUUUAUCAAACUUGUCUCUAUGUGGUAGGGCUACUACUAACCUUUAUCACGGGACGUGUCAGAACAGUGGUGAGCUACCUGAUACAAGAUUAUUGAGGAACCGUUUGCAGCAGAAGUUGCAGGCAGAGGGUAUGCAUGUGUCAUUGGAUUGUGUUAACCUGUUGAAUAAUGCAUUGGAUGCAUAUUUGAAGAGGCUGGUUGAGCCUUGUCUGGGUUUAGCAGCUUGCUCAAGGUCUAGAAGUGGCGGCUUCUUGCAUGACGCAGCAAGAAGUAGCCGCUUCACGAUGCAAGGUUCAGAGGGGGUAUCUCGUUCUGGGUCAAUGCUGGACUUCCGGAUAUCGGCAGAGUCAAACCCCCAAAUGUUUGGAGCUGAUUGGGCUGUGCAGCUGGAGAAAGUUACCUUGCGUGCUUCUGAUGAGUUCUAG